AUGAUGUUCGACGACAUUGCCAAUCAUGCAAAGAAUCCAUAUAGAGGAAAACUCUUCAAUCAUCCCAACGGUUCCGACGUCUACGCUGGUUUGAAAAUUGACUACAGGGGCAGUUCGGUCACUUCAGAAAACUUCUUAGCCGUUCUCAAAGGAGAUAAAGAUGCAGUGAAAGGCGGUAAUGGCCGUGUGAUUGAAAGCACCGAAGACGAUCGUAUUUUCGUAUAUUUCUCCGAUCAUGGGUCUAUAGGUCUUAUCGCCUUCCCAGAUGAUCAUCUGACGGCAAAGCGGCUGCACUACGCCUUGAAAGAAAUGCACGAAAAUCAUAAGUUUGGUCAACUGGUGUUCUACCUGGAAGCUUGUGAAAGUGGAUCAAUGUUCAAUACGCUUUUGAAAAACGAUAUGAACAUUUACGCUAUUACUGCUGCCAAUGGAAUAGAAUCAUCGUAUGCCACAUAUUGCGGGAACGACCUCAAUUUGCCAUGUCUCGGAGAUGAAUUCUCUGUGAACUGGAUGGAGGAUUCCGACAGGGUAAUGUUCAAAUCCUAUAUGUUCGUUUCUGUUCUGUCAAGCUCCGCCGUGAAACUACAACUUCCAACUUUAUUCUUGAAAUUAGCGUUCGUGAAUUUCAUAAAGUGGACUGUUCCAUAUUCGAUUGAUGCUGUCGUAGCUUUGAAAUAA